UACAGCACAAUGAAUGACCAAGAGCUGGACAACAUCAUAUCGGCUAUCAAAAAUCAGAUGCCAAAUGCUGGCUAUCGAAUGGUUCAAGGACAUUUGGUUUCUAUGGGUCUCCGUGUUCAGUGGUGGAGAAUGAUGGCCUCCAUGCAUCGAGUUGAUGCUGUAGGGAUCUUCAAACGGAUCACAGAACUAGGCUGUGUUGUGCGAAGAAGCUACUCGGUGCGAGGCCCUCUCUCCCUGGUCCACAUAGACACAAAUCACAAGCUAAUAAGGUACAAUGUUGUGAUCUUUGGUGGAGUGGAUGGCUACUCAAGGAAGGUCCUGUACUUGGAUGCAGCAACUAACAACAGGGCAAAAACUGCAUUCUCAUUUUUCCUGAGAUCAGCCCAGCUUCACGGCUUGCCAUCAAGGGUUAGGGCAGAUCAAGGAGUAGAAAACCUGGACAUUGCACAUUUCAUGUUUGCCACAAGAGGAACAGGGAGAGCGAGUUUCAUAUCUGGAAAGAGUGUCCACAAUCAGAGAGUAGAACGACUUUGGCGUGAUGUCUGGAUUGCAGUCACUAGCAAGUACCAUGAUAUUCUUCACUCACUCGAGGAGGAUGGCCUGCUUGACAUUUCAGAUGUCAUUCAUCUUUUUGGUGUCCACUACAUCUUUGUCCCUCGACUCCGAGCAGAUCUUGUCACCUUUGUUGGAGGAUGGAAUAAUCAUCCCCUCAGGACAGAAGGUGGUCUCACUCCUGAACAGCUCUGGUGUAUGGGACAUCUACAAGAGCUGGACGAGGGCGAGAGACUUGAGGAGCUUCGGGAUCCAGGCAUUGACUGGGAGAGUGCUGUACUGCAAGAAGAAUCUAACAGCACAGUUGUGGUUCCUGAAGUUGAAUGCCCACUGGAUGAGGAAACCCUGGAGGGGCUUCAGAGAACUAUUAAUCCCUUGGAACAUUCUGAGUCACACGGUCGUGACCUGUACAUACAAUUCUUGCUACAGGUGUCAAACCAACAGUGACACUUAACAUGGACGUGAAAGUCAACGUUCUUUUAAGUUCUCAAAUACUGGAUUUCUUUGCUAAAACAUUCAGAUUACAAGUAGACAAGCAAACAAAGCACUUGCUUAUUAUCUAUCAACGUAGGACCCUACACAAAGUUUUGAAGUCUUGUCAUUUUCAUGAAACGGCUACGAACAUCUUAACAGCUAAUGUUUACAAACAUUUUU